GUAGAUACUGAUUGAGCAUCAAUAUAAAAUAAAAACAAACCGGUAUAAUUAAGAAAAACUGAUUACUGUAUUGCAUAUUUGACUGUGUACAUUGCUACAUUUCAUCGAAGACGAUCAUGUGCUAGAAAAAUCAUUGACCAAAAAGAUGUAUAAAGAACGGGUCUGCCCGUAUAACACUACUAAAACACAGUAUUGUCUUUAAAGGUUAACAGAGUGUAUAUUUUGCUUUUAUUACUUAUAAUGCUUAAUAACACGUAUUUCGCUUCCCUUUUUUGGGUAAUUAAUAUGUAUAUUUACUGCAUCUGCGCAUAAGUAUCCUUACUGAAUAUGAACAAAAAUACGAAAACGUAUAUUUCUUGUCUUCAACUUUUUGGGAUAUAUAACUAAUCACCAACAACUCAUCAUUGUACAUAGUGAUAUCAAUGUCUGUCGUUCGUAGUUAACGACAAUAAUAUCAAGAAAAUACGAACAAUGUAUUAAAAAACAGUAGAGAACGAAGGAGUAUGCAAAAGAGAUAACGAUUCGAGCCCUAUGUCAAGACAGUCGGCCGCUACUCGGCGUACGAGAGACGACGACGAGGAAGACGGCACGAGACAAACGAAGUCGACCGAGUCCAGCAGCAACGGCGGGCAAGAAGUCGAGACGAAGGCUGUAGCUGCAUUAGCUGCUGCCAGUAGAUUAACCACGCCAAUAUGAAGAAACUCUUUUCAAAAAUUGACAAUACAGCAAGUAAAGAGAUCAACAACUACAUAGGAAAAGUCUUCGUAGUCGGCCGGCAUACGGUAACCGUCGAGGAAGUCUUAGCUGAAGGAGGAUUUGCAAUCGUAUUCCUAGUUAAAUAUGCAGGAGGUCGUUAUGCACUUAAACGCAUGUAUGUCAACAAUGAAUAUGAUUUGAAUGUUUGUAAAAGAGAAAUACAGAUUGCGAGUAACCUCAGUGGACACAAAAAUAUUAUAGGAUAUGUAGACAGUAGUAUUACUCAUGUAGGAAGAGGAGUUCAUGAACUUCUUUUGUUGAUGCCUUAUUGUAAAUCACAAGUUCUUCAAAUGAUGAACAACAGGUUACAAACAGGUUUUACACAAGUGGAAAUUCUUCAAAUAUUUUGUGACAUUUGUGAAUCUGUGUCUCGAUUACAUCAUUGUCAAACUCCUAUUAUUCAUAGAGAUUUAAAGGUUGAAAAUAUUUUAUUGGGCGAUUCAGGGAACUAUGUUUUAUGCGACUUUGGUUCAGCAACAGGCAAAAUUCUUAAUCCAAGUAUUCAUGGAGUUUCGGUUAUUGAAGAAGAAAUUAAAAAAUAUACUACUCUUAGUUAUAGAGCACCAGAAAUGGUUGAUAUGUAUUGUGGAAAACCGAUUACAACAAAAGCAGAUAUUUGGGCUCUUGGAUGUUUGCUGUAUAAGUUGUGUUUUUUUACUUUGCCUUUUGGUGAAAGUACUCUUGCUAUUCAAUCUGGAAAUUUUAAUAUACCUGACAAUUCAAAAUACAACAAAGUUCUACACUGUUUGAUUCGUUAUAUGCUAGAACCUGAUCCUGAAAUUCGUCCUGAUAUUUAUCAAGUAUCAACUAUUGCCUUUCAAAUGAUGGGAAAAGAAAAUCCUGUUCAAAAUUUACAUAAAGUGUCUACACCUACAAUAGACAGUUUACCAUGUCCGCCAAUGGAAUCUGAAUGCAUAAAACGAUCUUUAUCUGUGAAAGUUUCGAAGAAUUCUCCAAUCACGACUGUCGAGGGUACGUCGGUCACACCUAGACAAAGACCCAAAGGACAAGGUGUUGGUACUGGACCUAUAAGUUUAAGUGGUCAAAUAGUCAGCGAAAUAUCAGGUCAAGGGAAUCAAAUACACCAACAAAGCCCAGCUGGAAAUUCUAUCUCGUAUGUGCAAGUCAAUCAACAAAUUGCACCAAUCAAUACUCCUCAAGCAUUUUUGCAGCCAAUUCCUGUUCAACAAAACCUGCAGUCAAAUUUCACAAAGGUGCCACCUCACAUUCCUUCACCAAGUCAAGCUUCUACUUCCUUUGGACAAUCACAAGGACAACCAUUAUUUAAUCAGUCACAAAGUCCUAUGUCAAAUAAUUCCCCUUUAACUCUUCAGUCACCUGUUACCGUUCCAGAUAUGAAUCUUUAUUAUUUUGAUUCAAAGCAACAUAAUCUAAAAACUUCUGUAAAUCUAGAAAAUGAUGAUAAUUUAGAGGCAUUAUUUCCUUCAUCUGGUUAUCCAGACCCCUUUAAAGACGAUGGUCGAUCUCUCUCUGAUUCCGUACCUAUUGCAUCUCCUGGCUCUGGUAAAAUGCCUCCUCCACUGGCUGCCAAACCAAAUGUCUUAAAAGUAUCACAAAAAUUGAUCACUUUGACAAGUGAAACUGUUUCACCAACAAAAUUUCUACCUUCUAUGCAGCUAUCCAAUAAUUUGAGUCAAGCAGUCUUGGCUCUAUCGGUGUUUCCAAAGCCCGCUAAUAAAACGGAAAGUCUUAGUCAAAACAUAAGUUCAAGUACAUCUUCUCCGGAAAGUCCAACGUUGAAUACUUCACGGCAUAGGCGAAACGUUAGCGACACAAGCGCAUUUAAUAAGGUUUUUGCAAAUGAGACGUCUCAAUUUUUAGCCCCCUAUAAAGCAUCUGUUAAAUCGCGUACUGAAGAUAUUUCGCUUCCAGAAGUACUCGCAGAUAUUAAACCUGUAAUUGGUGCAAGCGCAUCGCAUGUACGUAUUGGACAAUUAUCAAAUAUAUCUGGAGCAGAAAUUAGAUCACUGAGUGCAGAUAUAGCAGCUUGGAAUCCAUUUGAAGAUGUUCAGCCUUUUAAUCAACUUACAGAGGAUCACAUUUUUGGCGCUGAAUUUGACAAGAUAAGAAGGGGAAGUAAGAGCAGUAUUAGCGGCGUGAAAAGUCGCGAAAGUUUAGUAAUGAGUUAUACGGAAAUUCCAAAAGAUCCAUUCGAAUCAGCUCCCUUCAGUUUACCAACAAGCAAAAAAAAUAAAAUUGGAUCGAAAGCUGCAGCGAUUGCUGGAGGUAUCUUUCUUCUUCCAAUUACAAAGACCUUGAAAAAUUCACAUCAAAUGCAGCAAGAACAAAUGCAUUCAAAAGUUGUGCACGCAACAACGCUGUAUUGGAAUCCAGUGGAUAACGUUAAUAACAAUAGAAAUAAUAACGUCAAUAACUAUAGAAAUAAUAACAAUUACAAUAGUAACAGUAAAAUCAAUAUCAAUGGUAACAGAAACAUUGAUGACGAAAUGACCCUCCUCGCCUCUUCUCUCAGUACUAUUUCAAUACCCUUCAUUCAAGACAGAUCUAAGUACGAAAAGCUUGCUGUUAUUGUCGCCGAAAUUUCCAGUAAUAGUGAUGAGAAUAAAUCAAUCCAGCGAAAUGAAGAACGAGUAAAAAAAAAGCGAAAACGUGUGAAAGGGGUACUAAACCGUGCUCGCAAGAAGGUUAUAGAAAAACAUCAAAAGUAUGAUGGGCAAGUGCAGGAACAUACAAUAACCAAUUCUUUAAAUCCUGUACUUAAAAGUUAUGAAUCGGAUGACUCCAUUGGCUCGGCUAGUGAUUUGAAGGCGAUGAAUGACGAGGACGGUCAAAACGAUAAUCAUGGAGAUGACGCUGACUAUGACGGUUCAGUUGUCGAGGAUGAUCAGGACAAAAUAGAUGAAAGCAUAUCCGAAGGGAUGCUCACCUGUGGCAGUUCGGUCUAUCACGCCGAGUGCGAGUCCGUGUCUACUCGCGAAGAACUUGAUCAUAUGCGGAUACGCAGGCUUAAAAAAUACCACAAAUACCAAUAUCAUUAUCAGCAGCAGCAACAUCAAACAUUACCAGGGUGUGAGAACGAUCCUGUGGUGGGUCACCAGUAUGGUGAGAAACCCCUUCUUCUUGACGAUGAAUUAGAUCCAGAAUCAAAGUCCGAGCAAACUCACGGCGAUCCUUUUGUUAAGCACCAGUACGAGCUCAAGUUUUUGUUACAUGAGGGGAACAGUUCAUCAGACGAACCAGAGAACCUUGAAAUGCAUUGCAACUUGAAAAACGGUCUGUGGAAAAUAGAAGAAGAUGUGUUCGCGUUAGCCCCUUUUCCAAGACUCAGUAGUUCUCGGAAAAGUAACUGCACAGUUCUCGGAAAAGUAGCUGCGCAACUCGAAGAUAAGUACCGUUCGGCAAAUGAAACGAAGAAUUUAUCUCCAAUCCUAGAAAAAGUUGGAACUGAACCAGUGUCCAUAACGAGUUCGCCCGUUAUUUCAGGUACUCUUAUCGACGUUACCGACAAAAGAAAUUUUGAACCUUCGACUCAACAGCCACCAAUCUAUCUUUCCGGCGUAUCUGCGGCUAUCAAGAAUGUUGUUACACCUUCAAAGAAAAUAAAUUUCGAAGUAGACGAAUGUAAAGAAAAGGAUCUUUUUGGCUCAUCGCCUUUUGAUUCAAGCGGAUUCAAUGAUUCCUUCGACAACGUUUCCGUCUACGUAAAAUCGGAGGUACCUGUAGACUCAUUAUCGAUAGCCGUCUCGAAUGAGCACUCGACAUUGUUCGAGGCUUCACCUUACUUUUCGGAAAUGUCGCCGACAUCUACAACUGACUCCAAGUUUGUCGAUGCUAAUAUGAUAAUAUCAAGGAACGAAGAACCAAAGGAUUUGUUCGGUUCCACUCCUUUUGACGAGAUAACAUCAUUAGCACCCAACUGUAUCGGUCAACACCAAAGGCCCACGUCCUUACCUUUAACACAAUCGCCAACAUUUGUCGAUAAAGCAUUAGAGACAAUUUUGUUGAGUAGCUCUCAAUCGACCCAUUCAACCCAAUUGUACAAAAAUUUCGCUACUCAACCGAUGAAAAUGUCUGUUUCUCCAAAUAAAAAUGUACUUUCUGCCUCUCCAAUGUCACCAGAACCAUUAGUUAUUCAAAAUUCACCCAAACAUAAACAUCGUCUUUAUCACCAUGAAAAAAUCUCUAAAUAUGAAAACAAAUCCAAGUAUCACCUAAUCAAUGAAAAUAAGAAUGAUUGCAUAAACGUCCUCCCCACAAAGAUCUCACUAUCCUCUCAUAAAAUUGGCAAAUGUUCAUUAAAAAAGACACCUAAGAGUAGCAAGAAAGCAUCGACAACAGCUACUGUAGGUUUUAAUAACAUGAGUUUCGAGGAUUUUCCUAGCGAUGAAAAUAAUGAGAAUGAAAUAAAAUACGUGGCUGGAAGUAGAACUGCCUAUGAAGUUAUCAGAGAGCCAGAGAAACGAUUUGGCUCACUUAAAAGAAGAAGUAAUCCUUUCACCUGAUCGUCAUGAUAUUUUAUUGGAGCGCAGCUAAAGAAAUAAUGAUGAAAAAGUUCAGACAAUAUUCAACAAGC